UGCAACUUCCGAGGUUCGGUGACCCAAGGCCUCCCGCUGGAGGUCGGGGAGAUGGUUCAGAUCCUGGAGAAAUGUGAAGAAUGGUACAGAGGAUUCUCCACCAGGAAACCCUCCAUCAAGGGGAUCUUCCCGGUCAGCUAUGUGCACCUGAGGAAGGCUGUUGUCACCAACCGAGGGCAGUAUGAAACAGUGGUGCCGCUGGAAGAUGCCAUUGUGACGGAGGUCACGUCAACACUGCAGGAGUGGGCUCUGCUCUGGAAGCAGCUCUACGUGAAACACAAGGUAGAUCUGUUCUACAAGCUGCGUCACGUGAUGAACGAGCUCAUCGACCUGCGCCGCCAGAUGCUGUCAGGUCACCUGACCCAGGACCAGAUCAGAGACGUCAAACGCCACGUCACUGUACGACUGGACUGGGGCAACGAACACCUGGGAUUGGACCUGGUCCCCAGGAAGGAGUUUGAGAUGGUGGAUGCAGACCAGAUCAGUGUGUCUGAUCUCUACAAGAUGCAUCUGUCCAGCAGACACAGUGUCCAGCAAAGCACCACUCAGACACAGGGUGACGGCGUGCGUCAGCGUCACGGGGAGCCCUGUCGGGUCCCUGUCCCCCACCACCUGUUCGUCAACCUGAAGAGCUUCACCUACAACACCAUCGGAGAAGACACAGACAUCUUCUUCUCUCUGUAUGACCUCCGGGAAGGCAAGCAGAUCAGUGAAAAGUUUAUGGUCAGACUGAACAAGAACGGAGGCCCCAAGAACCCAGAGAAGGCCGACCGUCUGUGCGCUCUCUUCACAGAUCUGAGCAACAAGGACAUGAAGAGAGAUCUGUACAUCGUGUCCCAGGUCAUAAGGACGGGUCGCAUGUUGCUGAAUGACUCCAAGAAGGGUCCAGCCCAUGUGACUUACCGCCGCCCGUACGGCUGUGCUGUGUUGGCCAUGAGCGACGUCCUGCAGACCAUCUCGGAGCUGAAGGAGGAGAAGGACUUUGUCCUCAAAGUCUACACAUGUAACAACGAGAAUGAAUGGUAUCAAAUACAUGAAAACAUCAUCCGCAAAUCCAGCACCAAAUACACAGCCCCAAGCACCAACUACGGUCUGAUCAUCUCUCUCCAGCUCCUGAGAGGAGAGAUGGAGCAGGUUCGCAGAGAGAACCCCAUGAUCUUCAACAGGGGCGUGGCCAUCACUCGCAAGCUGGGCUUCCCUGACGUCAUCAUGCCAGGGGAUAUCCGUAACGACCUUUAUCUGACCUUGGAGAGAGGAGACUUUGAGAGGGGAGGGAAAAGCGUUCAGAAGAACAUCGAAGUCUCGGUCAACGUGCUCUACGCUGACGGAGAGAUACUGAAAGACUGCAUCAGUCUGGGCUCAGGAGAGCCCCACAUGGCAGAGCACCGCUCCUUCGUGCUCUACCACAACAACAGCCCCCGCUGGAGCGAGGUCAUCAAGCUGCCCAUCCCCAUCGACCGAUUCCGAGGGUCCCAUCUGCGCUUCGAGUUCCGACACUGCUCCACAAAGGACAAGGGGGAGAAGAAGCUGUUUGGGUUUUCCUUCUCUCCUCUGAUGAGGGAGGACGGGACCACCCUGUCUGACGAGAGCCAUGAACUUUACGUCUAUAAGUGUGAUGAGAACACCACGUUCAGUAACCAUGCUCUGUACCUGGGCCUGCCUUGUUGUAAGGACGACUACCACGGCUGUCCCAACCUGCCCUCGUCCCUCAUCUUCCAGCGCAGCACAAAGGAGACCCUCUGGAUCUCCACACAGCUGUCCUCCACCAAGCUCACCCAGAACGUGGACCUGCUGGCCCUGCUGAAGUGGAAGGCCCACCCAGACCGGGUCAUGGACAUCCUGGGUCGGCUGCGACACGUCAGCGGAGAGGAGAUCGUCAAGUUCCUCCAGGACAUCCUGGACACUUUGUUCUCCAUCCUGGACGACAACACAGACAAGUAUGGCCCCCUGGUGUUCCAGUCUCUGGUGUUCAUCAUUAACCUGCUGAGGGACAGUAAGUAUUAUCACUUCCGGCCCGUCAUGGACACCUACAUCCAGAAGCACUUCGCUGGAGCGCUGGCCUACAAGGAGCUGAUUCGCUGUCUGAAGUGGUACAUGGAGCGCUCUGCAGAGGUGGUUCGACAGGAUCACAUCCAGGAGGCCAUGAGGGCUCUGGAGUAUCUGUUCAAGUUCAUCAUUCAGUCCAGGGUCUUGUACUCGCGGGCCACCUGCGGCAUGGAGGAAGAGCAGUUCAGGGCCAGCAUCCAGGAUCUGUUCCAGUCCAUCCGCUUCCUCCUCAGCCUGGACAGCCGCAGCUCCGAGACCCUCAUCUUCACCCAGGCCCCCCAGCCUAGCCCAGCUCCAGGACAGCCUAGUGGCCCCGUCAGCUGUACCCAGGCCUGGAGCACCAGUGCUCCACGGCCCUCUCCUCUCUCCGCCGCCCUGCUCAACUCCUUCCCCGCCAUCUUUGACGAGCUGCUGCAGAUGUUCACCGUCCAGGAGGUGGCGGAGUUUGUGCGCGGCACGCUGGGGAGCAUGCCCAGUACGGUGCACAUCGGCCAGUCCAUGGACGUGGUGAAGCUGCAGUCCAUCGCACGCACUGUCGAUAGCAGGCUGUUCUCCUUCCCCGAGUCCCGGAGGAUCCUGCUCCCUGUGGUGCUCCAUCACAUCCACCUGCACCUCCGACAGCAGAAGGAGCUUCUGAUCUGCUCUGGCAUCCUCAGCAGCAUCUUCUCCAUAAUCAAGACUGGCUCCCUGGACUCGUCGGUGGUGGAGGAGGUGGAGAUGAUGGUGGAGAGCCUGCUGGAUGUGCUGCUGCAGACCCUGCUGGCCAUCAUGAGCAAGGCCCAGUCUCAGGAGGCGGGAGAGUAUGUGUCCUGCCUCCUGUCUCUGCUUCGCCAGAUGACAGACGUCCACUUCCAGCACCUGCUGGACAACUUCCAGAGCAAAGAGGAGCUCAAGGAGUUCCUGCUGAAGAUCCUGUGUGUGUUCAGAAACCUGAUGAAGAUCAGCAUCUUCCCCCGAGACUGGAACGUGAUGAGGCUGCUCACCAGCAACAUUAUCGUGACGACGGCACAGUAUCUCUCCCCUGCCCUGCAUAAGAACUUCACGGAGGCCGACUUUGACUUCAAGGUAUGGAACUCGUACUUCAGUCUAGCGGUUCUGUACAUCAACCAGCCCAGUCUGCAGCUAGAGACUCUCACUGCUGCCAAGAACAAGAAGGUGUUGGACAAGUACGGUGACAUGAGAGUGAUGAUGGCCUACGAGCUGUUUAGCAUGUGGCAGAAUCUUGGUGAGAACAAGAUCCACUUCAUCCCAGGCAUGAUUGGCCCGUUCCUGGGGGUGACCCUGGUGCCCCAGGGGGAGGUCAGGAACAUCAUGAUCCCCAUCUUCCACGACAUGAUGGACUGGGAGCAGAGGAAGAACGGCAACUUCAAACAGGUGGAGGCAGAGCUGAUAGACAAGUUGGACAGCCUGGUUUCUGAGGGGAAAGGAGAUGAGAACUACCGAGAGCUCUUCAGCCUGCUCACCCAGCUCUUUGGGCCCUACCCCAGCCUGCUGGAGAAGAUUGAACAGGAGACGUGGAGAGAGACAGGCAUUUCCUUCGUUACCUCGGUUACCAGACUGAUGGAGCGACUUCUGGACUACAGGGACUGCAUGAAAGGAGACGAGACGGAGAACAAGAAGGUCGGCUGCACCGUCAACCUCCUGAACUUCUACAAGUCAGAGAUCAACAAGGAGGAGAUGUACAUCCGCUACAUCCACAAGCUGUGUGACAUGCACCUGCAAGCGGAGAACUACACAGAGGCUGCCUUCACCCUGCUGCUGUUCUGGGAGCUGCUGCACUGGGAGGAGCGUCCACUCAGGGAGUUCCUCCACUACCCCGCCCAGAGCGAGUGGCACCGCAAGGAGGGUCUGUGCCGCAAGGUCGUCCACUACUUCAACAAGGGCAAGUGUUGGGAGUAUGGGAUCCCCCUGUGUAGGGAGCUGGCCUUUCAGUAUGAGACUCUGUAUGACUACCAGAGCCUGAGCUGGAUCCGGAAAAUGGAGGCAGCGUACUACGACAAUAUCAUGGAGCAGCAGCGUCUGGAGCCGGAGUUCUUCAGGGUGGGCUUCUACGGACGCAAGUUCCCCUUCUUCCUCAGGAACAAGGAGUUUGUCUGCCGGGGUCACGAUUACGAGAGACUGGAGGCCUUCCAGCAAAGGAUGCUGGGAGAAUUCCCACAAGCCAUUGCCAUGCAGCAUCCCAACCAGCCGGAUGAAGCCAUCUUACAGUGCGAUGCUCAGUACCUCCAGAUAUAUGCGGUGACGCCGGUACCGGAGAGCGUGAACGUUCUCCAGAUGGACCGCGUCCCCGAUCGGAUCAAGAGCUUCUACCGGGUCAACAACGUGCGCCGCUUCCGUUACGACCGGCCCUUCCACAAGGGCUCCAAGGACAGGGAGAACGAGUUCAAGAGCUUGUGGAUUGAGAGGACCACCCUCAUCCUGACCCACCCCCUGCCCGGAAUCUCCCGCUGGUUCCAGGUGGAGAAGAGAGAACUGGUGGAGGUGAGUCCCCUGGAGAACGCCAUCUACGUGGUGGAGAACAAGAACCACGAGCUGCGCACGCUCAUCAGCCAGUACCAGCACAAGCAGCUCCAUGGCAACAUCAACCUGCUCAGCAUGUGUCUGAACGGGGUCAUCGACGCCGCCGUCAACGGAGGCAUCGCCCGCUACCAGGAAGCGUUCUUUGAUAAGGAGUACAUCUCCAGUCAUCCUGAGGAUACAGAGAAGAUCACCCAGCUGAAGGACCUGAUGCAGGAGCAGGUUCAUAUCCUGGGAGUGGGCCUGGCUGUUCAUGAGAAGCUGGUGCACCCAGAAAUGCGUCCCCUGCACAAGAAGCUGAUAGAUCAGUUCCAGGUCAUGAGGAGCAGCCUGUUCCACGGUCUGCCAGGUGUGGACAAGCCCGGCCCAGGCAGCAGCACUCCCAGAGGCAUCCUGGCCUCCCACAGCCCCCUCAGCCCAGAGAGCUUGAAACUCAUGCACAGGCACAGCCUGCUGGCUUCAGUGCGUCAGUCGUCCUCCUCUCUGUCGUCCCACUCUUCCAGUGAAACGGGGAACCUGCUCAUCCUGACCGACGGCCUGGUGCUGGAGCACCCCGAGGACUUCUACCGCAUGCAGCCCAGCCCCUCCUCCUCCAGCCUGAGCUCCACCCACUCGGCCCCGUCACAGAUGAUAAACUCCGCCCCCUCCUGCAUCAGAGUAGGCUCUCCGUCUCUCCCUGAUAAAUUCCGCCACAACCGGGAGAUGCUCAUGCUGCUGCCUCCCCACCGGGACAGACCCAGCAGCGCCAUGUACCCCAACAUCACCGAGAACGGACAGCCAACCAAUUUCCAGCGGGCGUUGUUCCACCAGGUGAUUGGUCCAUGCAAGCCGUGCAGCGACCCCAAUCUAUCAGUGGCAGAGAAAGUCCUGACCACGCCCAGCAGCUGGAGUCUGGACAGCGGCACCAGGGAGGCCCUCCCCUUCCUGUCGGCCCACGUGGGCAGUGUCCUGGCCCCCCCGGUCCCCCCUCGCAGCCUGCCCCCUGGACACUUCUCGAUGCACUUUGAUGCUUUCCACCACCAGAUCAGCGACCUCCCUCCAGCUCUCCCUGCGCGCUCCUUAAGAAAGUCUCCCCUGCACCCUAUACCUGCCUCGCCCACCAGUCCCCAGUCCGUCCUGGAUGGCAGUAACUCCACCCUCUCUGGCAGCGCCAGCAGUGGCGUCUCCUCCCUCAGUGAGAGCAACUUCGCCCCCGCCGGCCAAUCAUCUUCCUCCUGCGAGCCGCCCGUACGCACCGACACCCUAGACUCCGCCCCCAGCAGCCAGACGUGGACCACGGACGGCGAGGACCUGGACUCCCCCUCCCCCUACCUGGCCGUGCGCUACAGCGUGUCCGAGCCCGACGUCCUGGAUGGAGCCAAGCUCCCGCCCUGCCGCAGCCUGUCCGCCCCCGGCGGCGUGGCCCCCAUCCUGGCCACCGUCCCCCAGGAGGGCCCCCUCCACCUCCACUACCCCCACCCGCCCCUGUACCACCACCACGAGCCCCCCCCGGCCCUGCCCCCCAAGCCCUACCUCAGGGAGGGCUGCAUCCCCGAGGAGGACCUGGGCCCUCCGUCCUCGCCGGCACCCCCCAGGCCCAUGCCCCGCAAGAUCUCCCAGCCCCUCCUGGGGGGCAAGGAGGAGCAGGCCAAGGUGGCGUGGGAGCAUGGGGUCAGCAGUGAGGAGUAGGGGGCUCAGGACAUGCUCAGGUCAGGGAUGGUGCAGCUGGGAGUGAGGGUGGGGAACGUUACCGUCGGGAACGAACUCUAAACUUGUAGGAUGUCAACCUGAUUCAUCUCUGUGGAGAUUUACUUUAUGAAUCUUCCUCACCAAUUGCAAUUGGAAGGUGGGUUAGGGUUAAGCCGGUAAAAGGGUUAAGUGAUAGAUUCUGUCCCCCGCUCCCUGCCCCUCUUCCCCAUACCCCACCCUGUCCCCUCCAGACCCUCUGGUCCUUCAGAUGGGAGGCUCUGAGUUUCCUAACCAGUUGUCAUCACUGUGUGUCCCCACUACAUGUUCAGGAAGUGUCUUUGUAAUGACGUGAGUGUUUCUAAACCAAACUAGUCAGUGAUGUCAUGUUUCAUCUCUAAUGAUGUCAUACUGAACUUCAUGUUCAUCUUUAGUGUGUCAAAAUGAGUCGAGUUGUGAUACUCCACUGAUACGGUACAGCUACCUUUUGACUCGCCACAGAUUCUAGUUGAAUCAUAGUUCAGGGCCAAAACCGGAGGUCAUUGCACAAAGAUGAUCAGUUAACUGAUUGCUGUUUGAUUCGCCAGUUAAUGAUCUGUAGUUUGAUAAAGACCUGCAGUCUGCCAUCUCAACUGAAGAUGCACUUUAGUACAGAUGCCCUGCCACCAGAAACUUCCAACUCACUUAUUUUUCGAUACAUAAACUGAGAUGGAUAAACAAUGUGGGUUUGGUUCUGGUUGUAAAGGGCUUUAGAUAGAUGAUCUGCAGGCUACUGGAAUGGUGAAUUGGUUAUUUGAUAACUAGAUAAUGGUUGUGUGUCUGGACUACCACCUGCACAGAGUUAAUGGACAGUUGAAAGGAGGAAAGUGUCGAGUCACUGUUGAUCAGAGAUGUCAGGUUACACUUAAAGUGUAGCUCUUUUUUCCCUUUGUUUCCUCUCCUCACAGAGCAGCGCUUGUUUGGCACAAUACUCAUAUGAUCAGCCUGCAGUAUUUUUGCUUAUCUGGAAAGGCAAUAUCAGCAUGAACCUCUCUUGGGAUAAAACUCUUUUUGAUGUCAGGGUGAUGGAACAAAGAUAAUAUAUAUAUGUGUCUAUUUUUUGUGCUGCCAAUUUCUUCCAAUGUAUGAUGUACAGUAAUGUAUGGUAAAGUAUUGAUAUAAUAUAUAUGAAGGCAAUCCUUGGCAAAGGAGGACAGAGUUGAUGAAUAUGAUAUGCAAGACACUGGCCUUGAAGCCCACUAGUAACUGUGGAAUGCAGGAUGUGGUCUCACUGUCUAGUGAAGGGCAGUAGAGAGCCAAUUUGAAAAUACAAGAAAUCAAGAAAUAAUCAUAAAAUAGAUUAUGUUUUGAUUUGAUGCUUCGCUUCCUGUUUGUUUGUUCCGGGGAAAAGGCCACUGCCAUGAAUGUGGUUGCUCUCCCUCCUGCUGUCAGGAAGAUGAGAUGGAGAAGGAGCCUUUUUCUAGCAUAUGCCUCUCACAGACUGUUGGGGAUCUUUCUUUCUGGAAAUAUCUG